AGCAGUUAGGGAUGGUGAAUAGGUAUUUGGGGUUGCUCACAUUUUUGCAUCAUUCAAUGACACAUUCAUCCAUGUUACCGAUUUAUCUGGUCGCGAAACACUGGUCCGCACCACUGGUGGGAUGAAGGUCAAAGCUGACAGGGAUGAAUCUUCCCCAUAUGCAGCUAUGCUCGCAGCUCAAGAUGUGUCUCAACGAUGCAAGGAGCUUGGAGUCUCAGCGCUUCACAUUAAGCUUAGAGCAACAGGUGGCAACAAGACCAAGACUCCGGGCCCAGGAGCUCAGUCUGCCCUCCGAGCCCUCUCUCGUUCAGGCAUGAGGAUUGGCCGUAUAGAGGAUGUGACUCCAAUUCCAACUGAUAGCACUCGUAGAAAGAGUGGUAGGAGGGGACGCAGGCUAUGAUCUCUUCUCUGCGGUGUUUUCUCAUGUGGUUAGAACGUCAACGUCCGAUUAGUUUUGUUUUGCUUUUUUGCAUUUAUUUUGAGUAUCAAGAGGUUCAUUUUGUUUUUGAUUUGUUUUGAAAGCUCAAUCGGAUUCGUGUAAGAUUCGUGGGUUUUUGCAAAUUUAAAGCAACAUUUCGAACUUCAAUAGAGCACCUUAAGCUAU